AGUCACACGUGACUUUCGUUUGCGAAAUGGACAGAUAAGGACAGUCUAGUCACGCCAAAAAUGCAUUGGAUUUGGGCUUGUCAAAAUUGUUUGUUAAGAUAGUUAUUUAUUCAGAUCUAAGCCCAUGACCCAACACAUUGCGAUUUCUCAUUUCUGCUCACUUGAAUUUCUUUUUGGUAUUUAUUUAAACUGUUUUUCCUUUUUAGUGAGUUAAUUUCAUUAUUAUUUUGCUCCCUUGUUUUACCUGACCUCGACAGCUUCCCUCCUCUUUACACCGGCGGUCGACGUCCCCCCGCUUAAGGGGAAAAAACACAACCGCAUUAUAUAACGGAAAAUGAAACCCUAGACCUUCAGAUCCAUUCCGAAUCCCAAUUCCUCCUCUUCAGACCACCGUUGAAGCUUAGAGCUCCUCAUUUGGAAGGCGAAGGUUCGUAUGAUUUCUACAAAUUCGGUAGUGCAGGUGGAGUUCAAUUACUUACUCUGAAUCUCAGUUGCUUCGCUUCGCUUCAGCUGGGUUAGUGGGUAAUGUGAAGUUUUUGGGUUGUUUCUGAAUUCAAUUUAGUCUUAUCAGUUUGCUGUCGGAAAGACACUGCUGCUGGAUACUUAAAGAAAUUUAAGUUUGCUCCAGACGGCAGCCGAGGAAAGCGCCAAAGAGGAAGAACACAAUAUAUAUGGGUGACGAUUUCUGGUCCAGUAGCGAUGAGAAAGCCAUGGUGGAGUCUGUAUUGGGUAGUGAGGCUUGUGAGUUCUUGAUUUCCUCGGCUUCCAGAGCUUCAUCCACGGAAUUGGUUACCGCACCCGGCAAUCUGGGCUUGCAGCAAGGCUUGCUUCAACUCGUGGAAGGUUCUGAAUGGAACUAUGCUAUCUUUUGGCAUGCCUGUGGCUUGAAGUCUGGUGGGUAUGUGUUGACCUGGGGUGAUGGGAUCUGUGGUGAUCCGAAACGCGCUGGGGAAGAUAAAUCUGCUGGUCGUAAGCUGGACGGAGGGGAGAAGAGGGAAGAGGGGAAGAAGCGUGUGCUUCAGAAGCUGCAUUCACUCUUUAAAAGAACCGGUGAGGGUACUUAUGUGGAUAGCUUGGGUGGAGUUUCUGAGGUCGAGAUGUUUUACCUUGCAUCAAUGUAUUUUCGGUUCUGGUCUGAUUCUGCGGUGGGUUAUGGUCCUCUGGAAUCAUAUAGGUCUGGCAGAUCGAUUUGGGUUUCCGAAAGGGCUAAUUGUUUGAAACAUUAUCAGUUGAGAUCCGGUCUCGCUGGGACUGCUGGGUUCCAGACUGUGGUGUUUGUACCAGUCAAAUCUGGUGUUUUAGAGCUUGGUUCAAUCAAGCCAAUCCUUGAGGACUCUGAUCUUGUGAAGAGGGUAAGGGCCAUGUUUGGAAAAUGUAAUGACUCUUCCCAGUUGAAGACAUGUCCUAAGAUAUUUGGCCGUGAGUUAAGCCUAGGUGGUUCAAUGCCAAGGUCGAUGAGCAUCAGCUUUUCGCCAAAGGUUGAAGAUGAAUUGGUUUUCAAUUCAGAGUCUUAUACAAUACAACAGCUGAGUACUGGUCAAGUUUAUGGAAGUACUUCGAAUGGCUGCCCUGGUGAAAGCAGUGAGGCAAAAUUAUUUCCGCCGAUGAACCAAAUGCUUGUUCCCAGUUCCGGUGCUGACUUAGUGAUCACUGGAUUGGAGCAGGGUAAAGAGGAUUUGUCACCUUUGGGCGAUGAGCGGAAACCUAAAAAGAGAGGAAGGAAGCCUGCCAAUGGGAGAGAAGAGCCGUUGAAUCAUGUUGAAGCAGAGAGGCAGAGGAGGGAGAAGCUUAAUCAGAGGUUCUAUGCUUUGAGGGCUGUUGUUCCAAACAUAUCUAAGAUGGAUAAAGCAUCUCUUCUUGGUGACGCCAUUACAUAUAUCAAUGAUCUCCAGAUGAAGAUUAAGGUUAUGGAAGCUGAGACAGGGAUGGGAAGCAACAAGCACAGUAGUGUGGUUAACCCGGAGAUCGAUUUCCAGCAGAGGCAGGACGAUGCAAUAGUGAGGGUGAGUUCUUCUCUGGCCGAUCACCCGGUUGGUAGUGUGAUUGAAAAGUUCAGGGAACAUCAAGUUGCAGCCCAAGAAUGUAAUGUAUCCUCAUCCGAAGAUGGCAGGAUUGUUCAUACAUUCUCAAUCCGGACUCAGAGUGGAGCUGCUGAACAGCUAAAGCAGAAACUGGAAGCUGCCCUUUCCAGUGAAUGAUACGUCUGUAAAAGAUUGGUGUAGAAAAUCUCAGUUCAACCCCUUCAUUUCCUGGGGAUAAGAAGGGAAUUGAGUGUCUAGCUUUCCUACUGCCCAAGUCAUGUAUUCACAGCUGGCAGCAGUGAUGAUUUAUGUAUGUACUCUCUAAUCUUGUUGUUGUUGAGUUUAAUUAGAUGCAAAUAGGAAUCCUGUUUAUGCUCUUAUAGUUUGAUGUAAAUGUUUAAGCUCUUUAACCUUUCUGAAUCAGAAAACUUAAAAUGGUUCCUCAUUUGAACCUCGUAAAAGUCUGUAACUAACUUUUCUGCAGAUGUUAUCACGAGAAUUCUCGUUUACUGACAAAUGACAAUGCGCCCAGGAUAUUGAUCAAUUUGAAGUUGUUUUCUAUGCUGUUGUUUCUGAGAGCUGUUCGAUUGUAUUUGUGGGCUUCAGCUGUUGGGCUGUUGCUUUACUAUUAUUGUUAGCACACUGUAACGUGUAAACUGUAACUUGAGGCGGCUUGGGUUUGAUGUGGUGAUCAUUUUUCUACGAUCUUGACACGAGCAUUGGUUGAACUCGAUAGUAAUGAUCCUGUUGUUUUCCGCCUUUUGCCGUCUCACUCUGACUCAAUUCCAUGGUUUGGUUUAUCCUUCUUUUCUCUCUGAUUUGAUGUGGUGGACAGUUGUGUGGUUUUGGACACCUGGGCGAAUUGCAGGAACGGUUAAUGGACCUAGCACUUAUGCAUACAUGUAGGGGAUGGCAACCGGUCGGUUUCGGUUUAACUGAAAACAGAAAAACUCGGUUAUCGGUUAAACCAAAAUACCGCACAAGGAUGCCGACCAGCGACCGCGAGAGAGCCCCGGCUAACCGCCCACUGACCGGUCGGUUAUCGGUUUUUUGUUUGGUUAGCUGUGGUAACCGACUCAUGGCUGUCGCCGCAAUAAAUGCAUAUAUAAAGCGCGUUUUUCCGGUCAAAAUUAACUAUGGUGGUGGGUUGGAAAGUAAUUAAUUAAAAAUCAAUUAAUUUUGACUUUAUUAAUUGUGGUUACAAUUUACCAAAAUGAAAAAACGUGAAUAUUUAAAAGGAGAAGGAAAAGAGGAAGACGCGUUUCUCUGUCUCUCUCUCCUCAAUCAAUUCGCCUACUCUAUCUCUGCCUCUCUCGUCCAAUCCAUUCCCCUUCUCUCUCCCCCCAUCAACCCGUCAAUUCCCCUCCUCUCUCUCUCUCUCGUCCCCUCCCCCCCGGUUGAAUCUUUCUCUCUCCCGUUCUUCUCUCUCCCUGAAAUCAACAAUCAAAUGCCAAAACCAACCGAUCUGCCUAUCUCCUUCUCUCAUGGCCUCGAUCAGUUCAAUGACGGGCAAGGGCGGUUGUCGGCGCGAUUGACAGCGAGGGUUGGGGAGCGGACGACGACUUGGGGCAGGAGAGCUAGGGAGCGGAGGAGGUCGUACGCGGUGUAGGCGACGUCGGGCAGUGAGGGAAGCCAGAGUUUUCUGGGUUUCUGGAUGAUGGGGUGGUGGAUUAGGCGGCCGAAGGAUUGGGGUUGGCGAGAGGGCUCGAUUGAGACCGAUUAAUUUCGGCUAGCUCGUUAACCACGGUUAUUCACCAUCGGUUAGUCGGCUAGCCGAAAACUCCCUCGGACUCACCGACCGACCUUAAUAACCGAAGAUUUUCGGUUAGCUACUAACCGACGGUUUUCGAUCAAAACCGGCGGUUAGCCGCUACCCGGAAAUCGAUAUGCCACCCCUACAUACAUGUAAUCAAUCUGCUUAUUCGAGAGAUUGACGAUCUAAAACAACAAUAUGCGAUGGGGUGGGAUACUAUGCCUACCCUUAAAAGGUUGGAUUUUUUACACCCUCUCUAUGAUUGAUCAAUUUUAUUUUCAAUCAUUGGCAAGUAUUAAUUAAACUUGUUUUUUGUUUUUUUAAUCUUGUAAUUUGGGCAUUAAUUACUAAUUGCGAUCCCGGCGCUCAUGCGACAGUUUAACCAACAGUAUGAGGAAUGAGUGGGUCUACCAGCGGACCAGACGCCUCGGGUACGAACCCCGAUAAUACACUCUACAGCACAAGUGGAUGAUUCCCAUCUGGUUUGCAUGUGGGAUGGCGCGACGAAGGGUGGGUCUCAUUCGGCCGGUGGGAUGGUUCUUUUUAACUCAGCGCGGACACUCCUUCUGGCUAGAGGGGUCCAAUUUGCUCAAAUAGAUGAUCCUGCUGUGGUGGAAUUACUUGUGCUUAGGGAAGCCAUUAUUUGGUGUGUGGAGCGAGGUUUGUCGGAGGUCCGAUUUGAAGGGGAUGCGAAGGUGAUUAUUGACAAAAUUAAUCAGGCCGAAACAAGAGAUAGCCGGUUGGGUGCUGUUCUGGAGGAGAUUGAUCAUUAUUUUCGUGCUCAGCCUGGCUUUAGUGUGCGUUUUGUAGGCCGGGAGAACAAUAGGGUAGCUCAUUUGGUAGCUAGGAAAGCCCUUUCUUUGUAUCCGACUACGAGUCGCUUCUUUGAUUUCCAGACCUGGCUGGUUUCCAGGGUGUAACUAUCUUUUGUUUCGAUCAAUAUAUUAUAUCUUUUGAC